AUGUUUGAAGUCUUCAGACAUCGCGUUGUUCAAGAGCUAGGGCCGCUUCAUCCAAACUGGUUCGAGGAGCUGACCGCAAAAGCCUCCACAGGGACAGGGAACGACGCCUUGGUUGAAGGGCCACAGACCCCUCGAGGGUCGUGUGCACAAGAGGAUGCUUUCAAAGUGCCGCUGGACAAACCAGCCACAGACAGCCAGAUAUCCUCCACUCCCAAGAUCUUCAAGUGCCAAACAGCUCAGUCACCUGAACCCCUGACUCAGGAUGAGGAGCUCCACUUUACUGACAGAGCCAAGCUGCCAAUAGACACUGCAGGACACAACAGCCUAUGGAUUGGUUUGGGAGUUUCAGCCAAACGUAUUUCUGAAAGCCUUGGUGCUCAGAUAGACCCUGAUGUGUCCUGGACCAGCUCCCUGAACACCCCGGAAGUCAUGUCACCCACCAUCAUUCUCACUAAGAAGGAGGACAGCAUCUGCUCAGUAACCCCCUCUGGAGACAAACGUGUUAUUUUUGUUCGAAAGCUGUUCCCUUCAGCAUCAAAAUUAUUUGAAAUCACUGAACGAUCAACAGAAAAGCACAACAGCCCCUCUUUUCAACAGUCCGAAGUGAAUAGCCAGUCAGACAGUCUGAUGAAAAAGACUGAUGACACUGGACUCACGCCAGUGAACGAGAGGAACGGUUUGUGGAGGCAGACGCUGCCAGAUGCAAUCCAGGACGGAGAGGUGCGCAGCACGGUGGCCAGCGUGCUCGACGGAGCCGAGGACGCCCUCUCCAUCUUCUUCGGAGACAGCGGUUCGGCUUUGCGGAGGGUGAGAGCCAAGGAGAGGGGCAGGAGGAGGCAGGCGGGCUCGCCCAGGGACGUGGCGCUGACUCCACCCACAACGCUGGGGAAUGGAUGCUCUGAGGAACCUGUCGCCGUGGCAGCAGGUGGAACACAGAAUGGAAUGGAAGCCUUUGCCUCUGCUCCUCAAAGAGGGAGUUCCCUGGAAACCCAGGACUGUGGGAUCACUCAGUGGACUCCAUUGACUUUGUCUGACAUUUCAGACACCAAUCUGGAAAGCACUGUUGUCCCGGCAGCAGCACUACCAUCCUCAGUCAAUCAGCUGAAGCUGCUGAAAUGUGCAGCCUUGUCGGCGUGUCUAACUUUCACUGGCUUCAAAACAGCCUCCAACAGCACCAUACAUUUGUCCUCGGAAAACCUGCUGAAAGCCAAGCGGUUGUUUGAAGAUAUUGAAGAGGAAGAUCUCCCGGGGAAGCUUUCAACAAGAAAGGACCGCAGUAAUAUUAAAGGCACUGCAGGAUCUAAAGAGGAAAGUCGGGUGUCCAAAAGCUCAGCAGGACAUACUGCUCCACCUGUGCUUUCCUCACUCUCCUCUGAGCCCAAAUGCGCUGACACUUAUGGGUUCCUGACAGCCUCACAGAGGGCUGAUGUUACAGAACUGUGCAGUCUUUUAGAGGAGGCGGACAGCCAGUUUGAGUUCACACAGUUUAAGCAGGUAAAGCUGACCACAAGCGCUGCCCCUGAUGUUGUUCAGUCUGACCAUCCUUCCGAUAAAGAAGUCGAUCCCGAUUUCCUUUCAGGCAUAGACUUUGAUGACAGUUUCAGCUCUGACUGUGAGAAGCACGCACUAAGAAAACAGAGAGCUGCUGCCUCAGAUGUCGGCAGUGAAAAUAUUUCAUCUUGCAACCCUCAGGGUAAUUGCGGCUUCAGCACUGCUGGUGGUAAGAAGGUGACUGUGUCCAAAAAGGCCCUUCACUAUGCAAGAAGUCUUUUACAAGAAUGUGCAGAAAUAGACCAUCCAGAACCUGAGAAUUCCAAGGCAAGCAAUACACAUAUUUCCUCUCUCAGUCCUCAGGAUAACAACAGUGGUGGUUUUAAAUUGGCCAGCGGUAAAGGGGUGUCUAUUCCACAGAAGGCUCUUGAGCAGGCAAAGGCUUUUUUCAAAAACUGCGAUGAUGCACCCGAGAGCGAAAUGAACAGAACAGUGCAAGGCAAACAUAUCGGGGGGAAAAUCAGGGCUAGUCUGGCUAAUUUGGCGCAGAGCAGUCACGGUUUCACCUCUGCUAGUGGUAAGGAGGUGUCCGUUUCGGCAGAGUGUCUUGCUGAAGUGAGAGCUAUGUUUGGAAACCGUGACGACACCGUGGACACUGCAGUCAGUGCUGAAGUGAAAGAGGGUAUGGCAGAUGCAAAUUUUCAUCAUACCAGCCACGGUAAUCAGGGGAAAAUCAGAUGUGGGUUCAGCACGGCUGGUGGCAAGAGGGUGUCCGUGUCUGAGAGCGCCCUCCGGAGGGCGAAUGCUCUUCUGAAUGAAUGUGGUGAAAAACACCACACGGAAUCUGGUAGACUGGAAUUUACAAGGGGUUCAGCUCAGGAACUACAGCAUGGAAACAGCUGCAGUUUUAGCACAGCCAGUGGGAAAGGGGUUGCCGUUUCGGCAAAGGCCCUUCAGGAAGCAAAAGCUCUAUUCAGAGACUGUGAUGACACUUCAUCACAUGAAAUCAGAGGCACAAUGAAAGGGGAGGCCGUAAGUACAGAUUCCAGCGCCGGCCAUAAUGAUCUGGACAAAGGCAAUUGUGGGUUCACCACCGCAAGAGGUAUGAGGGUGUCGGUGUCCAAGAAGGCCCUUUUGAAAGCUAAGGCUCUUCUAAAUGAAUGCUCCCCGGGUCAGGAGCGCUGUGCUCCCAGAAAGGCCGCUGUGGAGCUAGAGGCCUGGGAGAUGAUGCAGAGUAAUGUAGGCGGGGCUACUCAGGAAAGUUCCUCCAUCUUGAACUUGCGAUUGCCGGGGUUCAGUGACUGCACGGUCACCCAGCAGAGGUACUUUGAGCAAGAGGCUGUGGCGUGCACCAGGGCCCUGCUAGAGGACGAGGACUUGGGUGAGCAGGGCCACCAGGGGGCGCCAGGGGAACCGCCUCACCAGCCGGAUGCUGAGAGGAGCGGAGGAGGUGGAAAAAGGCCCAAAUCAGAGGAUUCCGAUUUAAAAGGGCAGCCUCCGCUCAAAAGAAGACUUCUGGAAGACUUUGACCGAACAUCAGAUUGUGGAAAAACCACUGCACUGGCUCCGGUGAAAAGCAGCCCAAAUGGUGUAAGAGACAGGAGAGUCUUCAAGUAUGGUGUGCCUCUUCAACCUAAUGUUACUCGACCCUUUGGAAAAACGGGCAGCAGCCAUGGUGGGCAGACACCACCCUGCCUGCCUGAGGCUCCUGCUACGCCCAGUGUGUUCACUCCCCCUUUUAAGAAAAAUUCAGAUUCUGCGACUAACCCAGGCGGUGACAGCAAGGUGUCCGUUCAGGUCUCAGUCACCUGCGGUGACAUGUUGGACAACACUUGUGAUGACAGCAGUGGGCAGGGCAUUGUCAGGGGAGGUGUCCCUGAAGAAAGGGAAGCGGAGAGCAAGAAGACCACGCUGGCACCUGCCUCACCUCUUCAUCAUGAGGCUGGCAGCUCAGACACGGAGCGGAUGAUUGAGAACCUUCAGCUGGCGCGAGACAUGCAGGACAUGAGGAUCAGGAAGAAGAAGCGACAGACCGUCAGGCCCCAGCCGGGGAGUCUGUUCCUUGCCAAGACCUCAGGGGUUACCAGGGUGUCUCUGAGGAGUGCUGUUGGAGGGGCCUGCCCAGUCCGUCACACCCAGGAAGAGCUCUAUAAAUACGGGGUCCACCGCGGAGUGUCCGGGAUCAGCAGCGCCAGCGCGGAGUCAUUCCGCUUCCGCUGCAGGGACUUCUUCAGAGAGGAGGUGCUGACAGAGGCGGGCGGAGUCCAACUGGCCGACGGGGGCUGGCUGAUACCCAGCAACGACGGCACGGCGGGGAAGGAGGAGUUCUACAGGGCCCUGUGUGACACCCCCGGUGUGGACCCUAAACUGAUCAGUGAGGCCUGGCUGUACAAUCACUACCGGUGGGUGGUGUGGAAACGGGCCUCCUUGGAGCGGUCCUUCCCUGAGGUGAUGGGCAGCCAGGGUCUCACCCCAGAGCAGGUGCUGCUGCAGCUCAAGUACAGGUAUGACGUGGAGGUGGACCACAGCCGGAGGCCGGCUCUGAGGAAGAUCAUGGAGAGAGACGACACGCCCGCCAAGACCCUGGUGCUCUGUGUGUGUGGCAUCGCCUCAACCGGCUCCACCCUCACCAAACCGGUCCAGCCCGAGAGCAAGGCGUCCCCGGGCACAGCGGCCAGGGCGGGCUCGCCGAACGGGGUCAUCUGGGUCACCGACGGCUGGUACUCCAUCAAGGCCCUGCUGGACGCCCCGCUGACGGCCAUGCUGCAGAAGGGCCAGCUGACGGUCGGCGGGAAGGUGGUGACCCACGGGGCCGAGCUGGUGGGGUCCCAGGACGCCUGCCCCCCUCUGGAGGCACCUGAAUCCCUCAUGCUCAAGAUUUCAGCAAACAGCACCAGACCAGCUCGAUGGGACACCAAGCUGGGGUUCCACCGUGACCCUCGACCUUUCCGCCUCCCCCUCUCCUCUCUGUACAGCAGUGGAGGGCUGGUGGGAUGCGUGGAUGUGGUUGUGUUGAGAAGCUACCCAACCCAGUGGAUGGAAAAGAAGCCAGGUGGAGUCUUUGUGUUCCGUAACGACCGCGCUGAAGAGAGAGAAGCCCAGAGACACAGUGAUAGCAAGCACAAAGCUAUGGAAGUCCUGUUUGCGAAGAUCCAGGCCCAGUUUGAGAAGGAUCAGGAAGCUGAGAGCAAAACCAAGAAAAGGAGACGGAGGAUGAGUCUGUGCGAGAUCGAGGCAUUGCGAGACGGAGAGGAGCUUUAUGAAGCUGUGGAGAGUGACCCAGUUUACUUUGAGUCGUGCCUGAGUGAGCAGCAGCUGGCCAUACUGGGCAGUUACAGACAGUCCCUGGGGCAGGAGCGGCAGGCCCGGCUUCAGGAGCAGUUCCGCAGGGCCCUGGAGGAGGCCCAGGAGGGUGAGGGGGUGUGCUCCAACAGGGAGGUCACACCCGUGUGGAAACUGAGCGUGUGCGACGGCAGCGAUCAGCAGAGCAGCAGAGUGUGUCUGCUGAACAUCUGGCGACCCUCGAUGGAGUUACGGUCCUUGCUGAAGGAGGGCAGCAGGUACAGGGUCUACCAGCUGGCCACAUCCGAGGGCAAGAAACGAGCUGGCAAAGCUGCCGUCCAGCUCACUGCCACGAAGAAAACAAAGUUUGAACAAAUUAAGGCCCCUCCAGAGAGCCUGCCUGAGCUGUUCCAGCCCAGAGUGUCUGUGAGCUUCAGAACCCUCCGGGAUCCAGGGUUCCGUCCUCUCUGUGGAGAAGUAGACAUCGUUGGAUGUGUGAUCUCCAUUGCUGACAGGCAUGGUCCUUCCCCGGUGCUGCACCUGAUGGAUGAGCAGCAGGACUUUGUAUCUGUGCGAAGCAGCAGCAGCCUGGCUCAGCUGACUAUAGAGGAUCUGGUGAAGCCUCAGGCCUUGCUGGCAAUAAGCAACCUGCAGCUUCAGCACCAGCCGUCCAAGCCCAUACCUGCCCUGUACGCAGGCGAACUUUCCGUCUUCUCCACCAAGCCUAAAGAGGCUUACCUGCAGGAGGCCUGUGCACGCCUCAGAGCCAUAGUCCAGGCCAAUGAGCACUUCUUUGAGAUGGCAGAGGAGAAGCUAUCUGACUUAAUUCAAUCAAAUGGUCCACGUUCUCUGCUCUCUUCAAGAGAAGUGAGUCCAUCUCCAAAAAUGGUAAGUAGGAGAGCUGAUACCCCCCAGCAGUCACUGCGUACAUCAGGGCUGUUCACCCCUGUCAGUCGAAAGCCCCCUCUUCUUGUCAGCACCUCAGAUAACAGGGACCCUAAAAGCCUGAAGAGGAAGAGAGGCCUGGACUUCCUGUCCCGCAUCCCUUCUCCUCCUCCUCUCAGCCCAGUUUGGACGACUGCCUCUCCGUCCGUGAAGAAGACCUUCAAUCCCCCACGGAGAUGUGAGACGCCCCAACCUACGAGUCGAAAACGGACCCCGGCCGCACAGCGUGUCCCUCCCCCAGAGGACGGGGAAUGGGUGAACGAUGAGGAGCUGGCCAUGAUCAACACGCAGGCCCUGCUGGACGGCUGGGGGGCCAGGUGA